GUCGAGAACGAGUCCGGAAACACACCCACGUUUCGGUCCCUCCCACUCUCUUCUUUGCUCCGCCUCGCAACCGGAUGCUUCUUGUAUCUUUGUGUGCUGUGAUUCGAUUCCAGCCGGGUGGUCGCUCUGCCGCUGCACCUGCAAGCUAUCCGAGCCGAUGCUUACCGUGCCAGCGCAUUGGCAAGAUCCGUUCCCGCCUGUGCCGCUCACUUACACGGCUCCCAGAAAACGACGAUGGGGCAGGCCGUCAAACGCCGUUGAUCCAUCAUCAUCAUCAUCAUCAUCCAUCUCAUUGGUGUUUUGUCAGGCGGGGCUGUUUCGAGGCUUUUGUUGUUCCACGCAGGGUGUGCGGUAUGCAGGAUGGACAGCGUCACAGCGCCGCAUCAUGUAUCUGCUUGACCCGGGAAUACGGCUUGCGUUCUUUUGGACAAACGUACAGAGUACACAGAGAGCUACGGGACAGGCAAGCGGCCCAGCCGGGUGUGACUCAAGACCAAUCGCGAACCCCGCCCGUAUCGCUUCCCCUCCCUACUUGUCCGCCACGAGCGUCUCGCAGUGUCAUCCAACAUGUACGGAUACAUCGCGUGCUUUUCUCCCUGGCCCCCCCCCCCCCGAGGUCGCACUGGUCGAGGGGCAGCAGAGAAGCAGCCAGUAGCAAUACCGACUUGGUGAAUGAUUGCAGUGGCCGCCAGGGUUGCGCCAUUUCAUCCCCCCUUUUCCUGCCUCGCAAUGUCUCAUUCUCACACCGCCAGAAUGGCCAUCAAUCCGACCGGAUGGUUAAGCUA